CGGGUUCCUGCCUUUAAGGACAUGUCCUUGAGCAACCGGGAAGACUACUUCCGCUUCGCCGAGAAGGUUGGCGAGAUGCUCUUUGAAUUCAACAGCUCAGUAGCCCAGUACGAAGAGCAGCUCUUCGCCAGCCCCUCCGCCACAGAAAUCGGGGCCCUUCAAUCUCGAAUUGCAGACUUAGAGAAGGAAGUGAAGAAAUACAAGUCCCUGGAUGCUGCCAACCGAGCCGAGAUGGAGAGGGCGGCUAAAUUCAGCAAGAAACUCAAGUCCGUCGAGCUCGACCUACAGAUUGCUGAGUCUGACCUGGAAACUUGCCAAGACAAGUUAAAGCUGGCCGGGGAGCUUUACCUGAAGGCGACCACCGCUGAGACGGAGGCGAAGAAGGAACUCCAGGAGAUUAAACUCAGAAACCAGCUCCUGGAAGCAGGGAAUGGCUCCGAGAUGGAAAGAGUUCGAAGGGAGGAGCGGAGGAAAACGCGAGCUGAGCUUCGGGAGACAAUCGAUAAGAUCGGGACGCACCUCGAGCUGCAGAGAUCACUGCCAACCGGAUGUUGGUGGAAGAAAUCGAGAAGGGCGAGAUUGCCGACCUGAAAGAGGAGCUCGAGACCUUGAAGGCUGAUGAGAAGGCUGCUCACCUCGAGGCUGAAAAGGUAAAGGAUUUGAAGUUUGACCCUUCAUCACUCACUGCCCUUUUGGCAGAUACUCCCCCCGAGCUCGGGCCCGACCCCACUUCCGCUCCCCUUAUGAUCGAGGAGCCUACUUCUGAUCCUCCUGUUGUAACGAAUCAGGAACUGGAGGCCAUCAAGCCGGGCCUUAGUAAGGAGGUCAAUGACUUUAUGAAUGCCGGGGGUGACGAAGCUUUGGUGGAUGAGGCGGCUGGCAUUCCUCUGAGUUGUUCUGAAGCCCCCGUUGCGGACCCCGAACUUGGCACUCCUCUGGUUCGUUCCGAAGCCCCUACUGCGGACUCCGGGGUUGUUUUGGUCUU